AUUUGAAAGACGUCAUUGACAGGCUUUGCUGAUUGGAAUGGGAAGUGCCCCACUAACGCGAUGUGACGUAGGCCGAGUGGGCGGGUCUUCGGUGCACUGCGCUCUUCUGUCAUCUGUAAAGUGAGAAUGAAUUGAAGCGGACUUGCAUCAAACAAACAAAGCACAGGUAGGCACUCAUACAGAUGGUCUGACAGGAAAAGAGACUUUCUUGUCCUUGAGUGAUUAUUCAAGUACCUUCGCUCGACUGGGAUUGCCACAGUUUCACAGCUCCUCGUAACAGCAGCUUUAUGCAUAGAAGACAUGAAGGAGCUUUCUAACUGACUCAUCCAUGUCAUGUGGAUAUUAUCUGAGCUGUGAACCCCACCAUGGAAGGAACAUUCGGUGGUGUGUCCUCAGUCGUGGAGUCUAGUCUCUACCACAAUGUUCAUUCCAUCCUCCGAGAACUGGACGCUGAACCUCAGGCUGGAUCAGCCUGCAAUAAAGGCAUGUUGAGAUGGACUCUGCAUAACAGGGUGGAAAAUAACCCAUCUAUCAGUGUCCCUCUUUUGAGGGUUCUCAUAAAAGAGCUUGAAAAGGCGGAGAGAAUCGAUUCCAAGAUUCGCAUUAUUCCUUUACUUCACACACUUGUCUACACGGUCCUGCAGUCUGUAUUCAUUCCAGAAGAUCUAUAUCGAAGGAUGUAUUUAUGCUUGGAAAGUUUAGUUAAGUUACCUGAACCCUACUGUGCAGUCGCUCUCAACUAUGCCAGACAGAUGAAAAUGGAACAAAAUGCACCAGGAAUACUGUAUCAGAGGAGAGUCAGUGCCGAACAUAAUUUAUGCAAUGAUCUUUAUCCACUCCGUGAGAAGGUGUUUGUGUUUGUAGAUCCUGUUGUGUUUCCUCUGUCUCUGGUGAGUGCGCUGAAGGCUGACGUGGAGUGUGCAGACCCAGGAAGAGACUCAAUGAUCUACAAACGCAGAGUUAUACUGCACACAGUGCUAGCUGGAUUAGGAAAGAAGUGCCAGGUUGACCAGCUCUCACAGUCUCUAGAGCAUUUAGGUGAGGAACUGGAUCUCCACUUCCAGGAUCUCGUCACCAUCCUAGAGCAGAGAACAGAAGAUGGACCUUCUGAUGAUAAUCAGUACAAAACAAGAUUACAGGAGUUCUACCAAGACAUCCUGACUGCUGCCAAAGAUCCGUCAUGUCCAGCCUCACAAGCAGAAACUCAGCUGCCCAGUCCUGAGGUCAGCUUCCAUGUCUGGACCAAAGAGGAUGUGAUAUGGAAUGAGCUGGUUAACUUUGCACUUUACACGGACCGAAACCCUGCUAGUCUGGAUGAGGAUGACCUGAAGCGUACCUCUGUCGUGUCCACGGACAGCGGCAUAGAGGGAGACAUGCCCAUCAGUGAGCUCUCCUCUAUAAUGCUGGAGUCUCAGGGCGGCCCAGAGGAGCAGAGCAGCUCUAAGUCCUUCUACAGGAGGCUGUGUAUGCGAUGUCCCAAAGCUGGCAACAGAAUGACACUCAUGAUGGAGGCCAUUAAGGGAAAUGAAGGAUCCAGCCUCACUAAAGAGCAAAGGAACCUCACGGCUCGGAUCCUUGUAAUGGGUGACGACAGAACGCUAGGACGGCUCGCCAGGACUCUCCACACUAUACGGAAAAAGGAGACACGACAUCUGCUGCUGACAAAGAGAGUGAAUAUAGAGAUGUAUUACAUUCCAGUGACGGACCAAACACUUUCCCCUGUUCAGGAGGGUGUUCCUGAAGACAUGCUGACAUUGGCAGGAUAUUUGGGAAGCGUGGACCCGUGGUAUGACUGUAAUAUCAACGGUUUGGGAGCCAUGAUACUAAAACUGGCACAGAUGAAAUCAACUCAGAGUGAAUCUUCAGGCCCCAACACCUUCCUGCUAGAUAUCAUCUCAUACUACACACGUGUCAGUCUGCAUCCGGUGCACCUUCCCAUCUACUCUGUCAAGAUCUGCUUCUCUGGCCUCAGCAGCACCACAGUAGAGGAGGUGUUUGUGGCUCAGCUCGCUGUGGACUUUCCCGAGGUCAAACGCUACAAAGCAACAUUUAAAGACACAAUUAAAGGUUCAGUGCGUUACAAAAAAUACAACCCACAAGAAUUUCAUGGUUCAGUUGUGUCAAUUAAUUAUAGAAAGGCUUCAAUAAGUGAUAGAGAAAAGGAGAUGGGAAUGUCUUUGGCAACAAGUGGCAUGUUGAUCAGUGUUUUGCCUUCAUGCAGAGUCAGAAGUCUACACAGUGUCAGCAUAAGUUUACAAGAUAUGAAUCCCACAAGGCCCAGCACACAUUCAUUCAGAGCUGUUAGUGCCAAUAUCAGAGUGCUAGAGGAGCAGACAUUCACAGUCUGUUUGGAUAAAGACCCACGUAAAACAUUUAGGAAUGUCCAUAGCAUUAAAGUUUCUCCAUGCUUGGACCCGGGAUACUCCCAUCAGCCGAGUACAAAAUCCAAGUACAGUUUGGGAGAGGGAAGUGAAUCGCUGGGCAAAUAUGUCAACAAGACCCUCACGCUACCAAUCAACACCUUCUGUGGCACUGAGCAAUGACUAUACGAUUGGAAAUCAUGAUAAAAGAGCUUGAGUCAUGAGACAAACUGAAACCUGAUACCUCAAAGAGGCUUUUAUUGUUUCUUGUGUGUGCAUUUCCUCUUUUAUCUUUUCUCUGUUGCCUAAAACACAUGUAACCUCAAGAGGCCAUGACUUCCUGCUGAACCGUGAACAGAUAUGGUGUUCAUAGACUAACAAAAUGUGUUGAAUUGGUGUCUGUGAAUUGUCCUUGAUCUUUGUAAAGCAUCCUGAAAUCUGCAGAUUUUAAAAUGUCAAGUUUACACUACUUUUUUUUUUUUCUUUUUUUUUACUUUCAUAACAAAAAUGUGUCUGUAUGAUACAUGGAUACAUGUUAUUUAACACUUUGGAAGCACUUAGACUUUCAUUUGACACUUGCCAUUAACUAACAAGAUUGCAUUUUAGAUUAUAGCUGCAUCCGAAAUCGCAUACUAUCUGAGUAGGUACUUCUUUUGAGUAAUUAAUUACUUUACGACUGUUAAAAAGUAUGUUAUAUAAUCUAUAUAGCAUGGAAGUGUGUACUACAAUAGCCAUGUGGUCACUGUCAUGUGACCUAUGCCAUCAGUUGCGUCGCAUAACUUCAUAUGUUACUUUACAUAUGUACAUAGGGUACAGUACUUUACACCUAAUGUUUUAUGAAUACUUUUAACUCGGACAUACUACUCUGUUGUUGUUUUUUUGGCUACAAGUGAAGUAUGCCAUUUUGUAUGCAGCCUUGUAAGCAUUUAGAUUAGAAUGGCAUGGUACCCUAUUUAUUCUGCAGUAUGCAGAUAUAUAUAUACACUGUGUGCAAUAUGCAAGUUUGGAAACCUGUUACAUAUGUGCUGUGGGCUACAACAUCGCACUUAAUGGGGUUAUUGUAUUUCACAAUGCACCUGCUUUUUAUUUACUUGAGCUAACAAACAUUUUCUUCUUGACUCAUUUUUUGAUCAGACAGCCAAUAACUGUAGAGUAUUCUAUAUUAUAACUUGUUGAAUUAAAGGUGCAGAGUAAA